AUGGCCUCGUCUUCAGAAGUUUGUGAAAAUGCUUUGCACAUACAGGAUUCUCUGAGGAACCUUGAACAAGCUGGAGCUAGCUAUGGACCAAAUCCAAUUUGCAAAGGCUGUUUAUCGUGUUCAAAGGAUAAUGGGUGCAUAAGAUGCCAACACAAGUUAUUCUUCUUCCUCCGAAGAGAAGGAAUGAGACAAUACGGUGAAUGUUUGCAUUCCUGCCCAUCGGGGUACUACGGACUCCGAACACCAGACAUGAACAGAUGCUCAAGAUGCAGAAUAGAAAACUGCGACUCCUGCUUUAGCAGAGACUUUUGUACCAAAUGCAAAGCUGGCUUUUACUCGCACAGAGGCCGUUGCUUCCGAGGAUGCCCCCCUGGAUUUGCAGCCUUGGAAGAGCUCAUGGAAUGUGUGGAAGGCUGUGAAGUGGGCCAGUGGAGUGAGUGGGGCACCUGCAGCAGAAAUAACAAAACAUGUGGUUUUAAGUGGGGCCUGGAAACAAGAACAAGACAAAUUGUGAAGAAGCCAGCAAAAGACACAAUACCAUGCCCAACCAUUGCAGAGUCCAGGCGGUGUAAAAUGGUCCUGAGGCAUUGUCCAGGAGGUAAGUGCAAUCCAUGCUACAAAAAUCUUUAUGAGCUUUCCUUAACUGAAAUCCUAUUUCAGUCUUGA